AUGGAUUUAAAUCAAUUAGCUGUUACUGUAAAUGAGGCACUUACUGAUAUUAAUAAAGGAGUGGGGUACAAGAUUAAUAAAUAUGCUAGUAUCUUUACCGCUGAAGCAACAGCCAUUCUUUUUGCUUUGAAACAUAUUAAGGAGAAAAAUCAAUUGGACCAAAACUGGAUAAUCGUUAGUGAUAGCAUGAGUGUAUUAAAAAGUCUGUCAAGCAGCAAAAUAAAUGCUAACAUUAACUAUCUCAUUUUUGCUAUUAAAGAAUUGUGGUGGGAAUUAUCUCUGACUGACACUGAUGUCAAAUUUGUCUGGGUACCGUCGCAUAUAGGAGUCUUAGGGAAUGAAAACGCAGAUUUUCUAGCUAGAACUAUUGUUAAUAUGUCUGAUCCUUCCACUGGUACAGAUAUAAUUUCCAGCCUUAAAAAGCGUAUGAUUGGUAAUUGGGGAAAGCAUUGGUAUUGUUGUACAGAAAUUGAAAAUAAGGCUCAUGCAUAUUCUUUGUUAGAUGUUCCUGUUAAUAGUACCCCGUGGUUCUGCAAAUUUAAAAACAUUGUACAUAGAAAGUUUUACACUACAAUUACUCGAAUGCGCAUUGGUCAUUAUUGCUUAAAUUUCCACCUUCAUCGUAAAAAUAUAGUUCCCUCUCCUUAUUGUGAUCGUUGUCAAAUGCAAGAAGCUCAGUCUUUGGAUCACAUUAUCUUCGAUUGCCCCUCCUUUGGCAUUCAGCGCCUUAUGCUGAUGGAUGAGCUGCUUAAUAUUUACGGAGCACCUAAUUUAAUCCCGUCUACAGUAACAGAUUUGUUAAAGGAGACUACUACAUAUAUGUCAUUGUAUAAAUUUGUACAUAAUACUGUAAAUAUGUUGUAA